AUGGACUUGAUCGGUGAAAUCGUGGAACAUGAUGUGGCUGUUGCAUCCCCACCCGAGCCUUCAAUUUCUUCUAGUAGUGGGUUCCCAACAUUAAAGAAGUUUGGUGGCAAACGAACAUCGCGCUUCAAGAAGCAAACGGAUCCUGUUAAAGAUCAGCUAGAGAAGAAAAAAAACGAGGAAAAGGAAGCCGAGCUUUCAGAGGCAGAGAAGAUUAAUAGAGAAAACCUAGAGAAACUUUCGAAGAUGUCAGAAGGCGAAAUUGAACAGGAAAGGCGCGAGUUACUCGAAGGCUUGGAUCCAAAGUUGAUCCUGAGCUUACUUAAAAGAGCAGAAGAUAGACUGCAUCUGCAUUCAGAAGGACAUGAUGGCUGGAUUGGAGGUGGAAAAAAAGGAGUUUCUUUACCUAGUUUGAGUACCGAAGAUGUAAACAAAGCUUUAGGAAUAAAGAACGUGAGAUUUGCUGAUGAGGUUGCGCCACUUCCCGUUACAGACUUUGAAGAUAGAGAAAGCUCAUCCAAAGCAGUCAUUGAAGUUGAGGAGGGAGAAAACAAUGUUCCUAUCUUGAAAGGAGAUGAUGAAGAUGAUGAAAUAGCUCCAGAGGGAUACCAGAUUCUUCCCCAGGAAGAAGACCAACCUGAGAUGCAUUUUCCUAAGCCUAAAGCACCGAAAGAGGACCCCGAUUUGGAUCUCAAUGACCCAAGUUUUUUCGACAAACUUCAUGAAAAGUAUUUUGCUGACUUACCUCGUGAGACCAGUAAGUUAGCGUGGAUGACAGACCCUUUACCACAAACACGCCCCACUACUUAUGAAGCUAUCAGUGAUAUGAGAUUUGAUUUCAAAGGCGAGUUGGUGAGAUUAGACGAACAGAGUGCAGAAAUACCUACCCAUAUGGGUCUCCAUCAUCAUUCAGAGAAUCCUCAAUUGGCAGGUUAUACUAUUGCAGAACUUGUCCACCUUUCACGGUCUGUUGUUCCCACACAAAGAUGCUUGGGCAUCCAAAUGUUGGGCAGAAUUUUGCACCGUUUGGGCCUACACAAGUAUGAGAUUAUGCCCAUUGUUCAUGAAGAGGAUAAUCAACUUUUGAACGACGAAAUGAAACUGGCCAUGCGCCAAUUUGAGAGUAUGAUGUGGGACUUGAUCGACGAGCUUCGUGUAAUAGAAUCAUUAACGGAAGCAGCAGAUGAGAAGAAAACAAGAAACCUAUCUGUGAGAAACUACGCUAUAGAGGCUUUGUGGCUUUGGAAACAAGGGGGCGGGCGCCCGGAGGAGGAAAAGAGCGAACAAGACAUAAUUGCUGAACAGCUUCAAGGUAUGAAUACAUAG